GGCAUCAUGAAUAAAUCAAGUAGAUCUACUGUGACACACUUUGUCAUGCUGGGCUUUCCUGGGCCCUGGAAAACGCAGAUCAUCCUUUUCUUCAUUAUUUUCUUGAUCUAUAUCCUGACUGUGACUGGAAAUAUGGCCAUUAUUUGUGCUGUUAGGUGGGACCACCGACUCCAUACCCCUAUGUAUGUGCUCCUGGGCAACUUCUCCUUCCUAGAGAUCUGGUAUGUGACCUGCACAGUUCCCAACAUGCUGGUCAACUUUCUCUCCAAAACUAAGACCAUCUCCUUCUCUGGAUGCUUCACACAAUUUUACUUCUUCUUUUCCCUGGGCACAACUGAAUGCUUUUUCCUCUGUGUGAUGGCUUACGAUCGGUACCUAGCCAUCUGCUGCCCACUGCACUACCCCACCAUCAUGACUAGCCGGAUCUGUGGCGUUUUGGUGUCCCUUUGUUGGUUUGUUGGUUUCCUUGGACAUUCUGUUUCGAUUUUCUUCAUUUCUCAACUACCCUUCUGCGGUCCCAACAUCAUUGAUCACUUUCUAUGUGACGUGGAACCGCUGAUGGCUUUGUCCUGUGGGUCUGCGCCCAUCAUAGAGCGUGCAUUUCACACUGUGAGUUCUCUUAUUAUCAUUCUCACUGCUUUGUACAUCCUCGGGUCCUACACCCUGGUGCUCAGGGCAGUGCUUCACGUUCCUUCUGCAGCUGGCCGGCGAAAGGCCUUCUCUACCUGUGGAUCACACUUGGUCGUGGUGUCUCUUUUCUAUGGGACCAUAAUGGUGAUGUAUGUGAGUCCCACAUCUGGCAACUCAGUUUCUAUGCAUAAGAUCAUCACAUUGAUAUAUGCUGUGCUGACGCCAGUCUUAAACCCCUUCAUCUAUAGCCUACGCAACAAGGAUAUGAAAUGUGCCCUCCAGCAUGUCUUUUUUGGAAGGAGAGCUUCUCAAACCUCAUGA